UCGUAAUUAUCGAUAUUAUAUCAACAAUUGACAUACACAUACAUACCUAAAUACAACAUAUUCCCAGUCUAAAGUAAACACUGAAAUUUGUAGCAUUAAAGCAAGAUCAGCCGAAAACCAAUCAGCUAGUAAGCGUUGCGACAAUCUUCGUAUACAACGAACCGAAUGUUCGAUCACCGUUAGUCCCCUCAUUGAAAUGUGAACUGUGCGUUGUGGGCAGUUCGAAGGUUUAUGCAAUGUUCUAGUUUGGCCCACGAGCACAUACAGGAGAGCGAAGAGACGGCAACGGAGCAAUAGAGCGCCGUUUAUACGUUCAUAUAAUAGCUGUACACAAAUAGUGUGUUGAGCUGUUGAGCGCAGCGCAUCCAAAUGACUGUGACUGUGACCAGUACACAUGUAAUGGACGCCCAAGCAAAAUCAACACAUCUACAAUCUGGCGGAGGCGGUGAACAGCAGCAUGGCUCCACUAAGUCGCUCGAUGUGGCUGCCCGGGAUGAUGAGAUGACCGUAUUGUUAACAAAUAAAAAUUAUCAUUUUGAUGCUACGUCCGAUAUCGAAGAUGCUUUCGUGGAGCUCAAUGGCAGCGACAAGGAUAUGGAGCUGGAUGCCGCCGUUGCACCACCGGUUAGUGGCAAUCAUCAGACAGAGCAUCCGCAAGUCACCUGGCUGGACGACGAUGCAAUUGAUGCAUUGGAUCGUGUCACGCUCGACAUUGGCAACAUGUUCUUCAAUCGCGUCGACAGUCAGGACAUAAUAUAUCAACAGAAAAAGAAGAACAUUAAAAUGGUGGGAAAAUACGUGAUGGGCGAUGUGCUAGGCGAGGGCUCAUACGGUAAAGUGAAGGAGGCCAUGAACUCAGAGAACCUUACGCGUCUCGCCGUUAAGAUACUCACCAAGCGGAAGCUGCGUCGCAUCCCCAAUGGCGAACAGAAUGUGACGCGGGAAAUUCAUUUGCUGAAGCAACUGAAACACCAUAAUGUGGUGCAAUUGGUCGACGUGAUGUACAAUGAGGAGAAGCAAAAGAUGUAUUUGGUCAUGGAGUAUUGCAUUGGAGGCUUGCAGGAGAUGCUGGACCAUGCGCCCGAAAAGAAAAUGCCACUCUAUCAGGCACAUGGCUAUUUUAAGCAGUUGGUCAAUGGGCUUGAGUAUCUGCACAGCUGCCGAGUCAUACACAAAGAUAUCAAGCCGGGCAAUCUGCUAUUGACCCUGGACCAAACACUCAAGGUAUCUGAUUUUGGCGUCGCCGAGCAACUGGACAUGUUUGCACCCGACGACACCUGUACAACCGGUCAGGGAUCACCGGCGUUUCAACCGCCAGAAAUUGCCAAUGGCCACGAGACAUUUGCAGGCUUCAAAGUGGACAUAUGGAGCAGUGGAGUCACUCUCUAUAAUCUGGUAACGGGUCUCUAUCCUUUUGAGGGCGACAAUAUAUAUCGUUUGUUGGAGAACAUUGGACGCAGUCAGUGGAUAGCACCCGACUGGCUAUAUGAGUUGGAUGAAAGCUUUGCGAAAUUAAUAUUGGGCAUGCUGCAAGCAGAUCCCAGUGCGCGGCUUUCAUUGCAACAAAUACGCAAAGAUGAUUGGUUCCUGUCCGCACCAGUUGUGACUGGCCCACCGAUACCCAUUCCUCCACUUAAGGGCGACAAAUACGGACGUUCCACAGUACUGCCUUAUCUAGAAGCUUAUCAUUAUGGCAAUGAACAGGAUCAGGAAGAUGUUUAUUUUACUGAGCAUGAUGUCAAUCAGGAAUUGGCGCGGCGCGCUGCUUCUGCCGCAGCUGAGAUACGUGCAACCAAGUCGGCUGCUGCCAGUGCCGCAUGCCAUUUGUACGAACCAUCGACGAGUGCUGAAGCCGGAGCUGAGUCCAUGCUCAACGGUUCCAGGGACGAGACGGUAUCGGUUAAGAAAAAAGGCUCUGGCCUGAAGCGUCGAGCCAAGAAACUUGCAUCCUGUAUCUCUGUGCGAAAACUGAGCCAUUGUCGUACAUCGUAGGCGCUUGCCCUUACCCUAGAGUUAUAUGGAAAAGUAAUAACUUGUUAACAAAUUGUGAGCAACUUUUUGGUUUUUUUGUUUUUGUUUUUGUUGUCUUACAUUCGCCAAGUAUUUAUUAAGAUUUAAACACAGAAUGAGAGCUAGAGAAAGAAAGAUAGACAGGGCAGAGGAGAAAAGUAAUGGACGCAUAUACUAAGGGUCGAGACUUUGAGCUAGCUUAGAAAGCGGGUUAGGGAGAAUGCAAGUUAAAUCCAAGUGACAAUACCGUGUAUUAUAUGAAAGAGAGACAGUUAUUUAGGUCGUUGACAUGUAUUAAAUGUAAAGAACAAACACGUUGAA